GUCAUGUAUCAAUGUUGAUUAUCUACCCGACGUUGCUAAGGGUAUAAACCACAGUGCUGAGUAUGAAAAAACUAAAUCAUCACUCGAGAAUGUUCUCAUCGAAUUAAGAGGUGUGAUAGAAGCUAAAACAGAUAAUCUCAAAAUACUUCAGAAUGAUAAGGAGCAGUUAUUUGAAGAGAUAGAAAAUUUGAAAGCGGAAAUUCUAAUGAAGGUUGAAGAGCUUGUAGAAACCUCAAAACAACAAGUAUCAUUGAAGUAUCGAGAAGUAAAGAAACAUAUCCAGUUAGAUCUAGACACUUUAAACACUAUUUUAACAACGACAACAACAGAUCUCCAGAAACUGUCAGAAAAAAAUGAAUCCCAGUUGUUUGUAAAUCUCAAAGCAAGUAAAGUUUCUAUCAGGGAUUGUGAAACUUUUUUGAGUGAAUUAUCAACAGGUAACGUAAAUGAGAAGUUGGAAUUGGUAGCGAAUAACAGUUUGAAAGAUCAACUAAAUGACAUUGACAGUUUGGUUAUUGACACUGAUGUAAAGGAAUACAAAGCAACACUUUAUGGAAAAUACAAGAUCGAUCCGGAACAUUGUGAGGUAACUGGUAUAUGUGCUAUGGAUGAUGGUUCAUUUGUCAUUGCCGAUAUCACACAUUUAAAACUGAAGCGACUGAAUGAAAAAUUUUCGGUAACAGAAUUUGUUGAAGUAGAUGGAAAUCCAUACUCAUUAUGCAGAGUAGGACACAACGAGGUUGCAACGUACAUACUUGGAGGAGGUAUACAGCUUAUUUCUGUCGGAAACUCUAUGCAGUUGGCAUCGACAAUAAAUAUCAGCGAGUGUAAUAAUCCUGUUGGUGUUUGUUAUGAUACAACGCUCGACGCUUUCAUGUUAUGUGACGUAGGGAAAAUAUCAGUAUAUAGCAAGUCUGGUAACUUAAUAAAAACACUUGAGAAGAAUAAAAAUGAUGAUAAGCUAUUUACAGAAACAAGACAAGUAGCAAUGAACACAAAUACUCAGAUCAUGGUUGUUUCAAAUGGCACCGGAGAUAAUGUGAAGGCAUUGACAAGAGAUGGUGAAAUAGUUUGGACAUUUAGUGAUCCAUCAUUAGAGAGACCAUGGGGAAUCUGUAUCCUGCCAGGAGACAUAAUCUUAGCCGGUGGGGUAGGCUCAAACAAUGUACUGCAGGUUAACAAGAAAGGUGAAAAGAUCAGUGAACUGUUGGGAGCUUCUGAACAACUAAAUCAACCGUUUGCAUUGGCUUUUGACAAGACGAGUUCGCGGCUGUUAGUAGGGUGCAGUUCAAACGAAUUAUGCGUUUACACGUUAACAACUAAGACAUAAAUUAUACUUGGGGGAUAAUCAGAAACACAAUUAACUCGGUGUGACACUCUCAAACUUGGUUAUCAAUAUAGUUCUGUGACGAAAUAAAUGCUCUUUAUUUCAUUAUAUCUAUUCAAAUAUCUGGCAUGGAUUGCUAUCUCUUGCCUCUGAUAUUGUUUAUUGUUGAAUUGGUAAUUGAUUAUUUUCAAACUGAUAACUAUGUUUGAUAAAACAUGUGAAGUAUCGUAAUUAGAACUUAGUGUCAUAUUUUUAUUUAUUCUCUACUUAAAUUUAAGACAUUGGAGUUAUACAAUCCAAAAAAGGAUGCACAACACACAACGCUAAUUUCCGAUAUAAAUGUGAUUUUUUGUUAAAAAGAUGUAUCUGAUAAUACAAACUAUUAAUAUAUCCAUUUAUAUUAUUAAUAUAUUAAUUAAUAAAUAACAAAUAAUGAAAUUGUAUGCGUAUAUAAAUAACGGUCUUUAAUAUAUAUUAAAAAAAAUCUACCCCAUUCUAAAAUCAGAACAUUGGAUGCAAAUUAAUAUACAUUUAUAUAAUUUGAAACAAGGUUUGUUUGACGUGAUAACUGAUAUAAUGUUCUGUCAAAUGAUUGCCUCUUUAUCAAGGUUAACUGUGUAUAAUUUUGCUUUAUCACUACAAUGUACGUGGUAAAGAAUAUUUUAAAAAGUUAGUCACACUAUUUUUAAUGAUUGUAUAGUCUUUGUUAAUAAAUAUAAAACUUUGACCAUUACAUGUAAUCAAAGAACACCUGGAAGUAUUGCUUGCUGCAAAAUUGAUUCCUAACCAUUUUUAUCAUGUAACACUAACAUGCGUUUUUUGCAAAACUGAAGAAGACAAUUAAGUUCAAACAUAGUUCACAAUAUAAAUAUUUUAAAUAUUACUGGAGUUAUCUCAAGUUCUCAACAUUAUAAAACAGUUCCAGAAUAGUAAUUGUUUGUUCUAUUUGUACAGUUUAUAAAAAUCAGGCUAUUGUCACAAAGACAGUCAAAUUAUUGUAAAAAGGUUAAUUAUAUUCCAAGCAAAGUAUUAUGAUAAAAUGUGUUGACGACGUUACAUAUUUUGCUUGUGGAUUUUAUUAUGCAAUUGUAAAUAAUGAGAGUGCUUAUUUGUAUACACAUGUAUAACUGUUCGAUCUUACAGUUCUACAGAAAUAAGCUUCAUAUGAAAUUCAUAUUGUAUACAUGUAUAACUAUAGUGUUAAAUUUCAUGAAAUGAACAAAGCAAAAUGGGUUCAUAAAACGGCGUAUGGAUCAUAGAAAAUACUACGUUACAUAACAACAGCAGAACAAACCAGCUAGCAUCUCAUCCAUUAUAAGUUUGACAGCUACGUACUCGUCCAAUAAAAUUCAAUAAUGUACUCAUCAAUGUUAUUUCACAUCAUCAAUGUCCAUCAUUUUGACAUAACUUUGUUAUUCUGAGUACAAUAUUGAUUUGAUAUGGAUAUUAACCAAAUAAUCAUAAGUUUAACUAAUACUUUUACAUGAGAGUAAUAAGUUAAACUUAUGAUAAUUUUGAUGUAACAGUUAAUAAUUUUAUCAGUUCCCAAUACUUAUUUCAGUUCUUGAUAACGUUCGCAUUGGCGUAUUUUACACUUCAAAGUCAACUAAAAACGCACAAGGUUACUAAUUUGUUGCGUUCAUUUACGCACGAUGUAAAGAAAUUAAGAAAAGAAUGAAAAUUCGAAGCGUAUUUAGUGUGUACUUUAAUUUUCUAAACAGCUGAUUCCGCUUCCGUUUAACAGUUGACUGUAUAUCUAUAUUUUCCAAUUAAUAUCCAAUUUAAGUACAAGUACUAAACUUUUUUAGAAAAGUUAAAAGAUUCAAGAUAAAAGUAAAAAAAAGUCCAUGUUAUGUGUGAUAAAUGACCAAUUUUGCAAUAUUUUCACCUUACUUCUACUGCGUUAUGGCUAUUUUUGCAUAUUUACAACACUUAUUUGUAAUUUACAUGGGUUGUAAGUAAUGUUUGCAAUGUGAAAAUUAUUUUCUAAUACAUUUUCAAAAUUUUCAUGAAAAUUAGCAUGAAUCUGGAUGUGUACUGCUUUAAUG